GAAAUCUGCAUCAACCCUGCAUUGCUCAGCCCUGCUGCAGAUUUUGAUCGCUACCAAGCCUAGCAUGCUGGCCUAUCCCAAAAUACCCCUAAGGCCAAACAUGAUGCUCGAAUCUAUUCACAUGAAGUUUGCUUGCUGCGACCCGAAUGUCCUUAUAAUAUUUCCAAGCACUGUUCUUCUAAUUGAAUCCGUGAUAUCAGUUCCGUCCAGCGGCAUCCACUGAUUCGAACCAUGCUCAACAAUCGACUUGAACGUUAUAUCCACCUGGUUAUGAUGGCAUCCCUCGCUAUUGUAUCUAUCGCGCUUACUAGCAUCAUACUCAAGGCAACAUUCUCAAGGGAGAACUCCCAGUAUUUGCUCUCGAAAACACGCACUCUAGGGUGGAAUAAAAACUUCACAUUUAUGGGCGAUGACUUUCCUGAGUCCCUGGUGCCUGACGUGGGCAAAGUGAGACUUGUGGUGGAGGAAAGUGUGCGAUUUGCGCUAGAUCGCCCAGAGUCGAAGACCGAAUGGCUUUCCACUUCUCCCCCGGGAACUGGACACGUAGCGCUGGGUCCAGAGAACCGAGCUUUCUUCGUCGCCAUGUUCCAUCAGCUUCACUGUCUCAGACUCUUCCAAACGGCUCUCGUUGGUCAUAAUGAUGAAGAGCAUACCCACCACUGUCUUAAUUAUCUGAGACAAUGGAUACUUUGCCAAGCAGAUCUCACACUAGAGGCAGGAGAUUUUACCACACGAGACUUCGAACAACACCGUGUUGGUGCCACACACGUCUGCAGAGACUGGGGUGAGAUAUAUGACAGCGUCGCUGUCAAUUGGAAAGACAGUCAACUUGCUGCCAUUCGCAAUUCUACUGCAUGAGUGGACAAAUAUCACCCCUUUGAGCAGAACUAUCGUAGUAGCGCAGGUCACCCACCCCCAACUCGCGGUUGUUCAUUUCGUAUUCUAUCCCUGCUGUAUAAAUAUCACAUGCGUGGAAU